UGCAGGUAUCCAGCGGGAUGAACAGAAGUACGAGCGACUGCGACCGUACCUCGACCGAGCCAAGACGGCAAACCUUCACUGAGAAUGAUUGUGGCCAACAACAACAGCGGCAGCAGCAGCAAGGGCAAAAACUCCCAAAGAACAAAUCCAAAGAGGCCGAACCGAAUGUAGAUGCCCCCCUACGAAUCACGGAUGGCACCGACAGUAGCUGCGCCCAUUCUUCAAUGUCCUCUUCGGAGUGUAGCUCCAAUGUAGGUCUCACAAUCAGCGCGAUUGAGAAAACGACUCGGCGAAUACGCUCAUCACAACAUUUUCCGCUGGCGGAAGUUUCGGUACCGAGCUCGAUAGCUUCGCCGCCGUCGGAUGCUUCUGUAGCGAACACUUGUACUGUGACGGAGAUUUCUGAACCGGGAACUGCAUUGAAGCGAGCAAGCGUUUUUUCGGAGGAAAGCUACCUUGCGCAAUCUCUUCCGAUGGCAGACAGUACUCCCAGCAAGCCGCAACACGAGAAAAAUGCUGAGGCAGAAAUCGACGAUGAAUUUGAAUCAGCUCUUUUAUCACAGCGGAAGAGCAGGGUCUUGUUCUCUCGUUUGCGAGAAGCCAUACCCCAAGGUCGUCUAUCGAUAAUCGACCUGUCUCGAAGGGGUCUCGAUGUCUCUCACGCGUUCCUCUUAAAGGAGGCAAUCACUCACAGUCCACAGCUAUCUGUUUUGAAGCUUGCUUACAAUGAAUUUUGCGACGAAGGGACUACUAUUCUCGCAAUGGCAUUCUGUCAAAACGGGGUACAUCACAAGCAUUUGUCGGUAGUAGAUCUGGCUUUCAACGAGAUAGGCGAUGUGGGGUGCGAGGCGCUGGCAGUACACGCUAUGGCCGGGAACUACGUAUUGCGUGCAAUAGACCUUAGUGGAAAUCAGAUUGGAGAGCGGGGGGCGCUUUCUAUUGCCGGUGCAAUUUUACAUGGCACUGGCUUGUCGCGAUUGCACAUGUCGGCGAACCGAAUUGGAUCUAUGGGUGUGCAGGCCGUUGCUGGUGCAAUCGCCAAUCGAGAUUCACGAAUAGCUGAGACGGAGGCUGCGUUGACGGGGUCAACUGAAAUUCACAGCAUUGUUGAUUUGCAGUUAGGAACAGUUCUGAUAGCAUCUGGAGGAUUCGCUGCGAUACCGGGAAUGCUUGUGACAAAUACUGCCCUGCGCUCGCUUUGCGUAUCAAAUAACAAUCUUGACGAUCAAGAUAUUCUAUUGAUGUCGCAAGCUCUGACACAAAACAAAAGGCUACCCUUGGAAGAGCUAGUACUUUCUUUCAAUCAAAUCACGUGUCAAGGUGUUGAGAAUUUAAUGAACUCUAUAUGGGGAUCGACUACGUUGAAGAAAAUAAAGCUGGACAAUAACCGACUACGAGAUCGGGGCGCACAGCUUUGUGCGGUUGUUCUGACAUCAAUUCCACUGCAAUCACUUGAUAUUGGGUGUAACGCCGUGACGAGCGCCGGGAUCAAAGCUUUGAUGAAGAAUGUAUCCGAGAACAGUUCGCUAAUUUCACUCGGGCUUGCUGGAAUACACAUCGAUCAAAAUUCUUCCAAGGCUGUAUCGUAUGCGUUGGCGUACAACACUUCGUUGCAAGCGGUUUACUUCGACAAUUCUCACGCGGGGUAUUCUGCUCAGCGACACAUCGUUGCCGGAAUUGUUUCCAACCAAAGUGCACCUUUACGAUUGCUGACAGGCUUCCCUCUUGCGCCCAUUGCCGUCACCCUGGGAGUGCCACGGUUGCCGGAGGUUUGGUCGAACGACCAGGUGUUGGGUUUUUUCCGGCUUAUGUGGCGCCAGUGGGCAAUUAAAGCCGGACGCGGAAACGUUGGAAAAGGCGAUAUUCCCCGUGGACCAGCGCCUCCAGCGGCGGUUGCGGCAGCUGCCAAAGUCGCUUUUGCUUCGCUGGGAACUGCGCUUCAAACUCUAUUUCAGACGGAAAUGUACGAGAAACCAAUUUCGGAACGCCCCUCGGUCGAUCCUUCGGAUACUGCUUUGUUGGAACGAAGUCUAUCAGGAACCCUUGAGAUCCCAAAAUGUUCCUUCGUGAACGAGGACGAAUUGAGCGAAUGGGAAGGAGGAAAGUCGAAGAUGGACGGCACCGAUACACUGCCUUCUUCGGCGCAUACACUAUCCGUUCAGGAAACUUAUGAGAAUUCCGAGCGACGUAGUCGCAAUUUACGCUGGCUAAGGUUGCACUUUCGUUCACUAUCAGAGGUUGGGCGAAUUCCUUUCAACAACGCCGAACUUUGGCAUCUACAUCAGUACUAUUUCUCGCCACCGAAUGUCGUGCUUCAUGACUGCGAUGGUCUGCAUCACGAGGUAACGUCGACGCCUGCCCGCGGUAUGGCAGCACCUUCAACACCAAAUCAGCAGCCCAGCGCACCUGGAAUGGGUCGCGCGAUUUCCUUUCAAUCGUUGGGAAAUGCAUUCUCUGUCUCCCGCUCCCUGUCACACGCUGGAGGGCACAAACGGCGAUCUGAAAAGCAAUGCCAAUCAGAGGAACAACCCGCACUGAAACGCCCGAAAAAUUCAAAGCCUAGGAUCGCCUACUAUCCAAGAAUCAUGACCAAGCUACAGGCUCUUGGAAGUAGUCAAGCAGAUCAAAUACUAGCGUUGCUUCGACAGUUAAAAUUCGCAGAAAGCUUGUUGUUUGCUGGAAAGAGUCUCUACUGUGAUGAAGCUUCGAUUGCUGAUAACGAAGCUCAUUACAGUGACGUCGAAAUGAUCCUGUUAGAUCUUCUGUAGCGAGUUACUGCGAUCUGUCAAUAAUUCUAUAACUUCACAUGAUA